UGCCAUGCGGGGCCGGCUUGCGUCCCUGGACGAGGGCGGUGUCUCGGUCCCUCGACAACUCAACGCGACAUCUUUUCGAGCUUCAACUACUUUGCUAUCCCUAAGCUUUGCGACAUUGCCUAUUCCCCUUCCCAUUUACCUUGCGACCUCUUCUUUUUGCCGUCCGAACCCUACGUAUCCGACCGACCUAGAAACAGUUCUACACAAUGGCCUCCGAAGCAAGACUCUACACCUUCUCCCAAGAAACCAAAGACCACUUGCGCAAGUUCCGCCUCGGCACCUCGCGCUCCAACGACCCCCAGGCCGUCAUCUACCUAAUCGAUAAGACAACCAAAGAAAUCAAGCAAGACGACGACAAAGUAGUAUACAAGACGCUCGAAGAAAUCGGCGAUGACUUGCCCGACCACAGCCCGAGAUUCGUGCUGUUGAGCUAUCCCCUGACACUCCCCUCCGGCCGACUAUCGGUCCCCUACGUAAUGCUCUACUACAUGCCCUCAACAUGCAACAGCGCGAUGCGCAUGUUGUACGCGGGCGCCAAGGAGUUGAUGCGCAACACGAGCGAGGUGACCAAGAUUAUCGAUAUUGAGUCGCCGGAGGAGCUGGAAGAGAUUCCGGGUAAGCUCGGGGCUGCUUAAGCUGUUCGAGGGUGCGAUGGGAAGGGCAGUUCGAGAGGGCGCCGUGAUAGGAGAGCCGGAGAUGGUCAGUGGGGGCAUUGGGUAUAAGAGCUGGGAAAUCACGCGACGUACAGCCAGGAACCAGAGCAAGGUAUAAGGAGCACAGGGAGGCCAUUGUGAAGGAAGGCAAAGUUCAGCUAGAUGCCGGAUCAUCUAUG